AUGGUGGACAAACAUCAUUACACAGAUUCCACGACAACAUCAGUACAAGAAUCCAUAGCGGAGAUGACACUAGAUUCAAAAGAGCCUGCUCCAGCUGCCGGUCCUGCAGGAGUGCAGGAGGAUGAUGAAGACGAUGAUGAGGAAGCUGAGGACAUGGAGGCGUUUGAGGAGAGUGGCAUGUUAGAGGAAGAGGACAAUGCAACAGUAGAUAUCAAGAAGACUGGGGGUGCAGAUUCAGAAGGAGCUUGUGCGUCAGCGUCAGAUAGUGGGAUUAUCCAAACACGGACAUAUGAUCUGAAUAUUACUUAUGAUAAAUAUUACCAGACCCCACGACUCUGGCUGUAUGGCUAUGAUGAGAACCGAAAGCCUUUGACAGUUGUACAGAUGUUUGAAGAUUUUAGUCAGGACCAUGCCAAGAAGACUGUAACAAUGGAGGCACAUCCCCACUUACCGGGGCCACCCAUAGCAUCAGUUCAUCCCUGCAAACAUGCUGAUGUCAUGAAGAAGAUCAUAGAGACUGUAGCAGAGGGAGGAGGAGAGCUGGGUGUUCACAUGUACCUGAUGAUAUUCCUCAAGUUUGUGCAAGCCGUCAUUCCAACAAUAGAGUAUGAUUACACGCGGCAUUUUACCAUGUGACCUACCUGUUGUUUGUCUAACCUUAGGGUGAGGGGUUAAGGAUAAUGUACAUUGUGUCAUGUAAAUUGCAAAUAUAUGAUUAUAUAACAUGUACAGUGACUUGAAGUAUAGGCUAUUUAAAAAUAUGUAUUGGAUACUCUGUUAGAAAAUAUGUCAGAGCUGUUAACGUUCAAUACCUUUAAUUCGAUAAGUGUUAUCAGUAACACCGAGACAUCUUGUGAAGGACUACUUUUAAUCGUGAUUUAAUCAGUGAAAUUUGUGCAAAGGUAAAUGUAUGGAAGCUGAAAUGGAAAUCUGCAAAUGCCCCUCAUCAAAAUGACUGAAUAGCAAUUUAGGGAUUCUUUUGUCACUGAAGGUAAAAACAGUCCUCCUGUAUCAUGUGACUGGUGAAAAAUAUUAGGACUUUGGUGAUAUCAAUUUACCAAUCACUUGUCUCACAGUAGCCCAGAAGCACAAACGACACCUCUUUCUUGUAGAAACUUUUCAAUUUCACAAACGUUCAGCUGCUAAGUUUUCUUCUUUGUUUGUCUACUCUGAAUAACUAUCUGUGAAACUUUUUUCAGAUGUCCAUAUUAUAAUAAAUGUGAUCCUGUAUGAGAUGCCUUGCAGGUCACAUAAUACAGUAUGACUCUUUUUACCUUUAGCUAAAAAAGAGUUUGAACUCGAAACUCUCCUAUUAUCUGGACACAGCUUAACACAUUUCCGUAUUCAUAUACAUUUAUAUGAUCAUAUUUUCCAGAAAUGUCAGCACAAUAUGGAAUAUCCUCUACUCCCAUUUGAAUAGUAUAAUUAAACUAAGGUUUUUAUGUAUAGCCAUAUGUAAAGGCAAAAACAUCAUAAAUUGACACUUAGGAGAAAAAAGAAAAAGAAAAAAACUCCAGCAACUAACUAAUCACACUCCAUAAAAAAAUGUUCAUGUAUGUUCCUGUCUUUAUCUGAUUGUUAUGUGUUGAUUAAAAGGUAGGGUACUAAACUGAAGGAUCCACUUGCAAAAGUCCUGAGAUAAGUUUGUGGAUGAGUGAUUAUGUUCCCAUUGAUUACUCCAAAAGCUCUUGAAGCCUAAACGGCCGAAGGGGUUAGCACACCCCAGGAGCCUCUAACCAAUGCAGUCGCUGUGAGUUCGUCCAGCUUAUUGUGUCUCGCUGACUCAGACCGUUUCGCUCUGCUCGGUUUUCUCCCACCACAGUGCUGGCCACGGUCAUAUAAGUGAAAUAUUCUUGAGUAAAGCUCUCUACACACAGUGGAAGUAAUUCCUGCCCUCACCAAGAAACUACAUAUUCUAUUAUAGGCUUGUUUUUGAGCUAACAUUUCACCAUUGGUUACAUUGCUCCUGUCUAAUUGAAUUAAUAGUGUCAUAUCCUCAAAUGUGUGCAAAUAAAUAUACCAUUUACAUGCAAAAGUAGUGUUUUCAUUUAAAGGUACAAUAGAGAAAGUAGUUUCAUUAAGGUAAUAUAAUCAAACCUACAAUUAUUUGUUGUUCUUUGCAAGAUACAAGAGAUUAUAUUUGGGCUACAUUUAGACAUAACAAGAAUGUGUUCAUUUUUAACGACUUGAGGGUCAUUAUAGAAACAUUUUUCCACUUUCUUUGUGAAUUAGCAUAUCAUGAUUUCUUAAAUCUGGAGAACAUUAAGAAAUUAUCACCUUGUCAAGUUGGCGUACAGUAUUUUGGGUAUAUUGUUGGUGAGUUGGAUUUUUUUGUGGUGGUCAUUGACUGGGUAGAAAGGUUUCAAAUGUGAUUAUGUACAUACUGUAAUUCUUCAACCUUUUCGCAUGUUUGCAAGAUGCUUACUCAAGCUCAUUCUGAUAAAAUUAUACUUUUUGUGAAGCCCUGAUAUUGGUCAGUCUAACCAGUGUAGUUUUGACUUCAUAAUCAAAUUCUAAGUUUGUAUGAAUUGCACUGAAAGGUACUCUUUCAUAUGCGAAAAAGUUGAAGAAUUUGAGUACAGUAACUAGUAGGUGUAAAUUCUUGUAAUACUUCCAGUUGAUCUUUCUGUAAUGGCUUGUAUAAUGCUUUGAUCAUUUUAAUGUUGAUUGUUAAGAGAAUUAUUUUAUAAAACCCCUUGUCAUGCUGCCUCAAGAAAAAUGUAAUAAACAUUUUUAGCGGUUUC